AUGUCUCGCGGGAGCAGUACUAACUGCGACCCUACUCAUGGCUUCCGCGUGUUGAGCGCCGCGGCGUAUCUGCUGGAGAUGCGAUGGCCAGAUUGCGGCGUCUGCGGCGAGGACGACAUGGACGUGGACGGCGUGGAGGUUCUCGAGGAUGACGAGGACGAGGAGAUGGACAAGGACGACCUCGAAGACAUCUGCGUCAUGCCGUUCUGA